AUGUCGAUGGAGCGUUCUGUAACGAAGGCGCCUCGGGCGUUGGCUACCCGGGCCUCGGCAGUGGGUGGGGGAGGUUUAUAUAGCACCAUAGUGCUGGUAGAUGUUAACGGGAGGCCUUUAAUGAAUCUGCAUAGAGUCCCUCAACAUGUUACUGUCUCCGAUGUUAAAAACAAAAUCUCUGAAAGGCUUAAAGAAGUCGGCAGAAAUCUGCCCGCUGAUCUCAU